UUGGUUUUCUUUUCCUUCAGGCUUCUGCUAAGCAAGCAUCUUCUUUCCCUCACUUUUUCUCCCUAGUGUUCUUCCUUUCCUUGCUUUUUCUUCUUCUUUUUUCACUAAAUUCUCUCCAUUAUUCAAUCUCAAUAACCUUCACUUCUCUUUCAAUUCUCUCAGAUUUCCACUUCUCAUCCCUCAAAAACCCUAUCCUCUUACCCAAAUCUUUCCCUUCUUUUCAUUCCAGAAAUUUCCCUCAUUCAUAUUUUCUGGGUUUUAUUCAUCAACCCCACAAGAAAAUUCAGUUCCUCUCUCUCUGUCUCUCUUGCUUUCUCUCUCUACAUAUCUAUAGUAUAUAACUCAUUUUCUUUUAACCUUUGAAUUUUCUCAAUUAUCUAUAUUUGAGCUUCAAAAGACUCUGAAUUGGACACUACCCUGAUCUCAAGUUUUGAACUUUGCUGAAAUCUUUGCUUCUACUUCUUUUUUUAUUUUUUGAAGAAAUUCUGCACACAGCCACUUUUCUCUCUCUUACAGUAAAUAACACUUUUUUUUACUGCGUAAUAUCUGAGCUUCAAAAUGCUCUGAAUUGGGGACUUCCCUGAUCUCGAAUUUCGCUCUGGUGAAAUAUUUUUGUUUUUUCUCCUUGCUAUCAUUGUUCGUUGAAGUAAUUUGAUGGGAAUCUGCCAUGGAAAACCCAUCGAGACCCAGCAGAGUGAGAGAGAAAACCCAGAAUUCCCGAGCGAAGUUCCGACAUCAACAAACCCCAAACCCUCGAAAUUCCCAUUCUACAGCCCGAGCCCUUUGCAGAGUUGGUUUAAAAACUCGCCGGCGAACUCAAACCCUAGUAGCGUGAGUUCCACACCGUUGAGGAUCUUCAAGCGCCCCUUCCCUCCUCCGUCGCCGGCCAAGCACAUUCGCGCUCUCCUCGCUCGGCGCCACGGCUCCGUGAAGCCGAACGAAGCCUCCAUACCUGAAGGCAGCGAGUGUGAGAUUGGGCUGGAUAAGAGCUUCGGCUUCGCCAAACAGUUCUCGGCCCAUUACGAGCUCGGCGAAGAAGUGGGCCGCGGCCAUUUCGGCUACACCUGCUCCGCCAAGCCCAAGAAGGGCCCCCUCAAAGGCAUCGACGUUGCCGUCAAAGUCAUUCCGAAAUCCAAGAUGACUACAGCAAUUGCCAUAGAGGAUGUAAGGAGAGAAGUGAAGAUAUUGCGGGCUCUAACUGGACAUAAGAAUCUGGUGCAAUUCUAUGAAGCCUAUGAAGAUGAUGAAAAUGUUUUUAUAGUUAUGGAGUUGUGCAAAGGAGGGGAAUUGCUAGAUAGGAUUCUUUCCAGGGGUGGAAAGUACCCAGAAAACGAUGCCAGAGUAGUUAUGAUCCAAAUAUUAAGUGUUGUAGCAUUUUGUCAUCUGCAGGGUGUUGUUCACCGUGAUCUCAAGCCAGAGAAUUUUCUUUUCACUUCUAAGGAUGAAAAUUCCACGUUGAAGGCCAUUGAUUUUGGAUUGUCUGACUAUGUGAAGCCAGAUGAGAGGUUGAAUGAUAUUGUUGGAAGUGCUUAUUAUGUAGCUCCAGAAGUUUUGCAUAGAUCUUACGGGACAGAAGCAGAUAUGUGGAGCAUUGGUGUCAUUGCUUAUAUUCUUUUAUGUGGGAGCCGUCCCUUUUGGGCUCGGAGUGAAUCAGGUAUAUUUCGGGCUGUACUCAAGGCAGAUCCAAGUUUUGAUGAGGCUCCUUGGCCUUCUUUAUCUGCUGAUGCUAAAGAUUUUGUAAAGAGGUUGUUGAACAAGGAUUAUCGUAAAAGGUUGACAGCAGCUCAGGCACUAAGUCAUCCAUGGCUGGUGAAUCAUCAUGAUGAUAUGAGGAUACCUUUGGAUAUGAUAAUCCACAAGCUUGUUAAAGCUUACAUUUGCUCAUCUUCUUUACGUAAAUCUGCUUUACGGGUAUGUGGUACUGAUAUUUUUGUUAUGGUUUUGGGUUUUUAGUUGUACAGGUUUUUU